AUGCGCGUACCUAAGGAGGGAUCAUUCUUGAAUCGAUGGCGAUGGUUUCUACAGCUUCAAGUUCCACGACUUCUUGCUCUACAUCCAUGGGGUCUCGUUGCUAUUCUACUUCGCUCUCCUAGUCGUCUUUUGGAUGAAGUUACAACGUGUCAUCAUCGCUAUUUGGAUCGAGCAGCAGCUGCAGUGACGCAGAAUCCUGUUUUGUUUCCAAGUGGGUUUUUCUCGGAAGGUUGGGGAGAUUUAAAUACUCCUAAACGAAUUCGAAACGUAUUACAAAGUCAACGGAUGAAUCACGUUGUGACAUUGCAACAAGAUGAUGUGAAAUGGGGUCAAGUGAGAGACAUGGCAAUAGCAAAAGUAGCACUACGUGAAGGCACAUUUAAAAGUACAUUGACAAAUGCAGAGCAAUUACUGCCGAAGGAGAGUCUGGAUGCAUUCUGUGAAUUAAUCACCCCAUUGGAAUGGGAACAGGAAGAUGCUGAGAUCCCACAAGGACUUACAGAUCGACCUCUUGUGGUGCUAUUACCAGGCACAGGAGAGCACGGAUUUCUGCAUCGAAGGACGUCCAUUGCAAUUCCUCUGGCAAAAAAAGGAGUUGCGACAUUGAUUCUUGAAGGACCUUUCUACGGGAAACGCAAACCACCUCAGCAAAAAGGAUCCAAGCUGCGAAGGGUAAGUGACUUGCCGAUUCUAGGUCAAGCAACGAUUGAGGAAGCCAAGUCUUUGUUGCAAUACUUCCAUGAUUAUCAUGGCUUCUCGCAAAUGGUGGUUGCAGGUAGCAGCAUGGGUGGAUUGCACGCUGCCAUGGUCGCGUCAGUAUUUCCAGGAGAUGUGGGUGCCACAGCCUGGUUGGCCCCGCCUUCAGCUGCUCCUGUAUUUGCAGAUGGUUUGCUUUCAGGGUCCUGCAAUUGGCGCUCGCUUUACAAACAACAUGAACUGCACAUGCUAGACAAAAUGCUCGCGGGGCACGCCGUAGCUGAGUCAUACGAAAAGCAGGCCGAUGAUAUCACUGAUGCCGGGAAAGAUCGAGCCAAAGCCUCUGUUAUGGAAAUGGAUUCAGUACAAGAAGCCAAGAAACGCAUGAGGCUGUUUCUAUCUAUCACAGAUAUCGACAACUUCUUACCUCCGCGGCGUUCAGACGCCGUUGUCUUCGUUUACGGCACUGAAGACGAAUACGUUGGUUUUGCUGAGCCUCAGUGGGCGCACAUGCGUGAGCAUUGGCGACCAGCAAGCUUUCGAACGAUAAAAACCGGCCACGUCAGCGGCAUUUUGUUAGAGCAAGCAGCAUACUGUAAGACAAUUUUAGAGGUUAUCGAUCUGCUGAAGGAGCGAGGUGCAGUAGCAGGGUCCUCGUCAAAUGCUAGUGUUCCCGACUCGACAUAG